GACCGGACCUCGGAGGCUGGCGCAGCGCGCGGCAGCGACACUACGCAUGCGUCCUUCUGUCCUUUGAAUGGGGGCCGCGUUACUAUUUCUGUUAGCGGGGGCGGCAGGGCUGCUGGCCGCGUUCCCGGCCCUGCGGCUGUGGCGCGUGCUUCAUUCCCGGCCCGCGGGGCCCCGGGACUCUCUCAGUCUCCUGGUGGUGGCCGGGUCCGGUGGACAUACCACUGAGAUCCUGAGGCUACUUGGAAGCUUAUCCGAUGCUUACUCUCCUAGACACUAUGUCAUUGCUGACACUGAUAAAAUGAGUAUUCAGAAAAUAAAUGAGUUUGAACAAAACCGAGCUAAUGAAGACCCCAGUACCAGGUCUCCAAAGUACUAUGUCCACCACAUUCCAAGAAGCCGUGAGGUUCAGCAGUCUUGGCUGUCUUCGGUGUUCACCACUUUGUACUCCAUGUGGCUCUCCCUGCCUCUGACUCUGCGUGUGAAGCCAGACCUGGUGUUGUGUAACGGACCAGGAACAUGCGUUCCUAUCUGCAUAUCUGCUCUUCUCCUGGGGAUCCUAGGAAUAAAGAAAGUCAUCAUUGUCUACGUUGAGAGCAUUUGCCGAGUUGAAAAUUUAUCCCUGUCCGGAAAGAUUCUAUUUCACCUCUCAGAUUACUUCAUUGUUCAGUGGCCAACUCUUAAGGAGAAAUAUCCCAAAUCUGUGUACCUUGGGCGAAUUGUCUGACAAAUGAUAACUCCUCUAAAAUUUUGCCAUCAACAGUGUUUAUUAUUGGUGAGGGUAUUUAUUAGAAAAUUUGGGGUGAUCAGAAGAGAAAAAUGUGUAAGGUUGGACAGAUCCCACAGUGGAUAGGGCACUUGCUUUGCAUGCUGCCUGCCGGGACCCAGACCCCGUCACCGGAUAUGGUGAACCCCACCACAAGUGAUCCUUGAGCAUCACCAGGCCCCCAAAAAGAACAAAAGAAGUUUUAAAAAUGUAAAUAUACAUAAAAGAGAAGUGAAAAAGUACAAGACUGUUCUUUUUAAAAAAAAAAAAAACAGACACUAAUUAAGCCAUGAAGCAUAUAUGCUUCUAUUCAUCUCAUUCCUUUUCUACCUGAAGAAUCUAUCACAAUUCAUUAAGGCCUUCUGGUGUUUCAGUAAUGUUUGUCUGGAACUAAAUAGAGAAUUUGCAUGAUUAGUA